AUGACAGAUAGUCCAGCACCACCAGUGAUUGAAGGAGCUUCUCUUUCAGAACAAAUAUUAGAAUCGGCUAGAAGAAACAAUACCGAGUUAUUAUUAUCAAUCAAAUCUGAACUCAAUAAUGAUCAUGAAAAAUUAGCAGAAUUAAUCAAUAAUACUCGAGAAGUAAUAACAGAUAAUUCACCAUUGCAUUUAGCUUGUCAUUUAGGUAACUGGGAAUUUAUAGACAUUGUCUUGGAUAUAGAAGGUGUUGAAAUUGAUCCUCAAAAUAGAGAAGGUGAAACACCUUUACAUUUAGCAGUUAAAUAUACAAACAAUGAUGAACCUGAACAUGGAUACUUUGUGAUUGAUAAUCUCUUGGAUGCUGGAUCUGAUCCAAGAAUUAAAGAUAAACAUAAUCUUAAGCCUAAGGAUUAUGUUUCUAAAGAACACGAAAAAUUACACGAGUUAUUGGAAAGUUCGGAAUAUGCUAUAUCAAUGGAACCAACAGAAGCGGAACAAUUGGAACAAUUCCAAGAGGAACAAAAUAAUGAUGAAGAGGAAUCAGGAUCUGCUUCUGAUUCAGAUUAG